UAUAGUUUGCACUGAGUAUAUUAUAUUCAUAAAAGUGUAAAUUAAUGUUAAGAGGAAAACUAAACAGGUGAUAAACCUGAUCGUUAUAUACUUAAAACCACCCUUUAUAAAUCCGUCAUGCCUAUAAAAACAACAGCGUUGUGUAUGUAAAAUACAUAGGUUGGACAAAAAUAUGGAAACACUUCGUAAAAUGCAUGUUUGACUAAAAUUUUUAUUCCUGCAAAAGCUGUUGGUGGUGCUAAUGUGUUUGCUCAUUAACACCACCUCUACAACAUCCUGAAUACCUGGCAAGUGCCAUUUAUUGUCAAGACUGUUCUGUGCAGUUGUGAGUUCAUUAUGUCAGAGAUAAAUGAAUUCGAAUGUGGGGAAAUUGUUGGGGCUCAUAUAGUGGGUGCUUCCGUAACCAAGGUAGCUGAAGUGUUUGAAAAGGCCCAGUAUCUAAGAUUUUUAACUCACACAGGAAAACCGGAAAAAUUACAUCCACUAAAUCACAGCAUAGACGAAAAUGUGUGUUGAAUGAUCAUGACAGAUGAUCAUUGAAGAAGAUUGUAAUGGAAAAUAAGAAGGCUGCAGCUGCUAAUGUGACUGCUGAACUGAAUGUUGCACUCACAAACUCUGUCAGCACCAAAACUGUACAUAGGGAGCUCCACAAGCAGAGUAUUUUUGGGAAAGCUGCAAUUAAAAUGCCACUCAUCAGUGAUCAAAAUGCCUAUAAGAGGAGAAGUGGUGCCAAAGUUGUAAAACUUGAGCUGUAGAGCAAAGGAAGAAUGUCAUUUAGUUGGAUGAGUCUUCACAUUUUUCCUGACUUUUGGAUGAGUUUAUGUCUGGUGAAUACCAUCCCAUGCAUAUGAAAGACACUGUUUGUUACUGAAACAUGGUAGGAGUUUGGUGAUGGUUUGGGCAGCCAUCUCAUGGUAUUCCAUGGGACUCAUCAUUACUGUGCAAAGUCACAUUAUUGCCAAGGAUUAUGUGACCAUUUUGACUGAUCAUGUCCAUCCCAUGGUACAAUCCCCCCCCCCCAAUGGUGAUCCCAUAUUCCAAGAAGGAAAAGCUCUUUUUCACUCACAUCAUCCAGGUUUUUUUUAGCAUGAGGGGGGAACUUCACAUCUACGAUGCCACUACAGUCUCACCAGCUCAGUGAAAUUUAUAAUAUUGAUUAUAGAUAUCAAUAUUAUUGAGCUUUUGUGAGCUAUUUUGAGACAAAAUCUGUGUGAAGGCUAUCCACUGCCAUCAUUGUCAACACAUUGCAGGAAGAAAGGUACAAGGUUUCCUUGCAAAGCAUAAAAGACCUCUAUUUGUUCAUUAUGAGAAGACUGCAAGCUAUUUUGAAUGCCAACGUUUUUCCUACACCAUGUUUGUCGCAGCAAUAUUUUUUUUUUUUUUUUUUUUCUUUUUUUUUUUUUUUUUUUUUGGUGGUUCCAUAUUUUUGUCCAAGUCCUGUAUGUCCCAUGUUUUUCUGACAGCUCUGCAUAAUGUAUACUGACGUAAGUCAGAAAUUGCUUAAAACUUUAGAGGAAAAAACUGGGUUUGAAAAACCUAAAUGUGAAAUAUGUGAUAAAACUUUUAAUCAUAAAAUUGAUAUGACAAGACAUCUUCCUACUCAUAGUGAUGAAAAGCCUCAUUUAUGCUGUUUAUGUGGGAAAUCAUUUGUAAGACAGAAUUCGCUAAUGGUACACAUGCAGUUGCAUACAGGUAACAAGCCUCACGUCUGUCAUAUAUGUAACAAAUCGUUUGCGCAAAAAGGUAAUUUAAAUUCGCACAUUCGUACUCAUCUGGGUGAGAGAAGUCAUGUUUGUGAAGUAUGUGGCAAAUCGUUUGUGCAUGGACAGGAUUUGAAAAUGCAUUUACGUACUCAUACUGGAGAAAAACCGUAUAUGUGCAACAUAUGUAACAGAUCUUUUGCAAAAUGGUGUACAUUAAAAACACAUAUGAAAACCCAUGUAAAAGAUGAGCCUCAUAUUUGUGAAAUAUGUGGCAAAUCAUUGGCUUGUCCAUAUGAAUUGAAGGUGCAUUUACGUAGUCAUACUGGACAAAAGCCUUAUGUCUGCAGCGUAUGCAGCAAAUACUAUACAAAGCGUUCUACGUUAAAAGUACAUAUGGAAAUCCAUAUGAAAGAGAGGUGUCAUGUAUGUAAAAUAUGUUCCAUGUCAUUUUCAGUGAAGAAUCACUUAUAUGCGCAUAUGUAUUUUCAUAAAAGUCAAAAACUUCUUAAGUCUCCACAGAAAAAAAGGCAAUCUGUAAAACCUAAAUAUGUAAUAUGUAAUAAAACAUUUGGUCGUCAAACAGAUUUGAAGAGUCACCUUUCUAAUCAUACUGGUGAAACGCCUCAUUUGUGUUAUGUCUGUGGAAAAUCAUUUGUAAGAAAGCAGACUUUAAUGGUACAUAUGCAGUUACAUAUGGGUUAUAGGCCAUACUCUUGUCAUAUAUGUAGUAAAUUUUUUUCACAAAAGGGUAAUUUACAAUCACACAUGCUUACUCAUAUAAGUUUGAGAAAUCAUGUUCGUGAAAUGUGUGGCAAAUCUUUUGUGCGUCAGUUUGAUUUGAGGAGGCAUUUGCGUAUUCAUACAGGAGAAAGACCUUAUGUGUGUGAAGUGUGUAACAGAUCAUUUAUGCGAAAACAUGAAUUAACUGCACAUAUGAGUAAGCAAGAUCCAAACUGUAGUAAAAAUUUUAUGUUAUGAAACAUAAUGCUUUUUACUUUAACCUUCUCAAUAGUCAAUACAGUCAAAAGUCGUUAAUCCGGACUCGUCGGGACUUCGGCGAUUCCGGAUUUCGAUUUUUCCGGAUUAUAGAUCAUCAGUUUAAAUCUCGUAAGAUGGCAUGCAGAAAUUCUAAA